CGCGCGCGCACCUCCCGCGUCGUAUAACGGACGACCACGUGGUUUUAGUGGGAUUGUGUGUGCGAACUGUGUGUGUGUUGGAACGUUUCCUGUUUUUUUUGUUUUCGAUUCCAGUGGAGAUUCGACGAGGAUGCGGGCGCGGCGCGGACUGACUAUAGGCGUUCUUCUCAUAUUACAUAUGAGUGGAACCCUCAGUGACCAGUCUUCAAAUGAAAGUAGCAGUGGAGGUAAUGCGGGUGCUGAUUCCAAUAGUGCUGCUGAGCCUUCAGCAGACCAGUUAGCAAUGGAGUCAUCAGAACGGGAAACCCCAAGUCAUGCGUAUAACGGACCUCCACCACCGGCUCCACCACCGCAUAACAGACGGCAGAAUCCACCUCACCAUCAGCCUCAUCACCCAUUAGGCAUGCCAAGGAUUCCCAAUCAUCAUCCAAUUCAUUCAAAACCAUUCGCUUUAGGACAUCCAGUGAACCAUCACAAAAAUGAUAUUGGACCAGGUUUCCGUGGACCUCCUCCUCCACCUGCACCUCCUGCUGAUGCUCAGACAUCGGCCAGUGAAAAAGUAUUCAGUGGCGCCGGGGACGUCUGGCCCGCUCCCGCUCCUGACAUGCCGAAGAUCGUAUCACUUGAUGUGAAAUGUGAAAAAAAUGCCAUGCGUGUUUUUCUUAGCUUCGACAAACCGUUCUUUGGAAUAGUGUUCUCUAAGGGACAUUAUUCCAACCAUCAGUGUGUACAUCUACCACCUAAUUUAGGUAGAUCAACUGCAUCCUUCGAAAUUGGUGCUCAUGCAUGUGGUACAGCCGGCAGCGGCGAUCCACGAUACAGAGGAGAUGUUGCAGCCGCUGGAACUUACUUUGAAAAUGUAAUAGUUAUUCAAUACGACCCUCAAGUGCAAGAAGUUUGGGAUCAAGCACGUAAGUUACGUUGCACAUGGCAUGACCAAUAUGAAAAAGCAGUAACAUUCAGACCAUUCCCAGUUGAUAUGUUGGACGUUGUAAGAGCAGACUUUGCUGGUGAUAAUGUUGGUUGUUGGAUGCAAAUUCAAGUGGGCAAGGGACCGUGGGCAUCAGAAGUGUCAGGUCUUGUGAAGAUUGGUCAAACAAUGACCAUGGUUCUGGCCAUUAAGGAUGAUGAUGCGAAAUUCGACAUGUUAGUUCGAGAUUGUGUAGCUCAUGAUGGUCAACGCGCUCCUAUACAAUUAGUCGAUAGGCGAGGCUGUGUAACAAGACCAAAAUUAAUGUCAAGAUUUACAAAAAUUAAGAAUUUCGGAGCUAGUGCCAGCGUUCUUUCAUAUGCUCAUUUCCAAGCCUUCAAAUUCCCUGACUCUAUGGAGGUCCAUUUCCAAUGUACUAUUCAGAUUUGCAGAUACCGGUGUCCUGAACAAUGCUCUGAUGGAGGCCAUAAUGUCAUUGCGCCACAUGCGGAGUAUGGACCUCCACAGAUUGAUGCUUACCCUGUAGGUGUUGAAGCCAGAAGGGAUGAAAGACGAGUACGACGACAACGACGAGCUACUUCUCCAGAAAAAGAAGUUGGGGUAAACAGAGUCAUCCGUGUGGUAUCUGCUGGCGAUUUAAAUUUGGAUACAUCGGAAGAUACUCCUGCUCCCAGGAUUGUUCCAACUCCAGGGCUAGUUUGUAUGACUACUCCUGGUUUUGCAGCUACGCUUGGCGCUCUUCUUGCCACUUUACUCUGCUCUUGUGCUGUAUCAGCAGUAUUAUUUAUAAAAUUGCGUCCUAUGACAUCAUUGAAAAAGAAAACAGCAGCUAUCGCCACGAUAGCCCGGCCACACCCACCGCCCACUGCACAUGUAAUUUCAAAAAGUCAGUUCUAUUCGUAACGUCGCCUAUUUAACUCAAUUUGUACAUAUUAGUGUGAUGAGACUGAAGUAUGAGAAUCGUGCAAAUUAUAUGUGCGUGUAAUCAGUGUGCUCAAACAUAUUAAAUGGAAUUGCAGAAGUAUGUAUUUAGUAUUAAUAAUUUAUUAAAUUUUAAUUUAUUACAACAAAGGCCUUAAAGACGCUUCAAUUAAAAUAUUUGUUUCCUAUGUGAUGAAUUAUAGGUAGAAUAUGAGGCAUAUAUUUAUUAUUCUACAUCAAUACAUUCAGCUUUUCCAUUGUAUUACGUUUUAUUGUAUGGCCUGUAGUUGUGACAUAUUGACAUUGUGACAGUCCAAUGAUGGGGCGAAGUUAGAACAAAUUAUUCAAUUCACAAAAUGUAGUAUUACAUUUAUCAUAAGUACAAUCUUCUGUUACCUCUUUUCGAAUAGAGUAUUUGAAUUAGGGGCAACGGAAAAUACACGUGUUUUAUCAAUAUUUAGGUGAACCGCUAGCAUAUAAUUUAAAAUAACUUGUCAUUAGUAUUAAUAUUAUUUAAUUUAGUUAAGUUAUCGAUGUAGUCAUUGCUACGUGUAAUUUAUUUAUUUUA